GUUAUGAGUGAGUGUAAGGAUGUUUGUCAUCACAUCGUCACGUUGUCAAUUUAUUUAGUGGUUGGUUUUCCAUUCAAUCAAUGAACCACGAAUGGUUAAAGUCUCCUCUUUCUCUUGGUUUUCAUAAAUAUCCUGUUCCAAGCACUUAAUCUUUGCAAAAUUUUGAUUCAAGUGUUCCCAACAAUUGUUAUUACACAAGUCGCGUUACGUGAAGCGGUGAUCGAAGAGGUGUAGGCUCGUUAUAAAAUUGAGUUGUCAUAAACAAUGAGUGGUCAAAAUAUGAGAGGAGGAGUUCAGGUCCAACAACAGGCGUCCGCUAAUCUCAGCAGGGACGCCAUCCACAAAGAAUACGAGGAAACCCUUGCUAAACUACAGACAUUGGAAGGACUCAAAUCCCAAGUUGAGAAUGAAGAACGGAUGAAAGAAUUUCAGAAGAAUGGAGGACCUGAAUUUAUCGAGUGGCAACGUGUCAGCAUGGCCAUAUUUAUGGAACAUCAAAGAUUAUACGAAGCACAAACGCAAGAAUGGCAAUUAACUGCUAAUGCAGAAAUUGUGGAGUAUAAACGGGUGACUGGUGAGCAGGUGCUAGAACAACAACGACUUACUGGAUUGGAGGCCCAGGAAUUGCAAAGAGUUUCUCAGACGCAGGUUGAAGAACAACAACGUUACAGUGCAUCGGAAUCACUGGAAUGGCAGCGCCUGGGACAGGCUGAACUCUUGGAACAGCAAAGAUAUGCAGGCGCUGAAGCGUUGGAGUGGCAGCGUCUUGCCCAAGCAAAUAAAGAAAUUAUGGAUACUAAAAACAGAUAUGUGGAUACAGAAAAUUGUAGAGAAUGGUAAUGAGUCAUGGAAUUAUAUAUGUUUUAAUAAUAAUACGCGAUAAUAAAAACACUCGAAACAAAUCCA